UUGGCUUGGUUGGAUCAGGCGCCGUCUUAUUCCGUGGGAAGAUGGAUUCCUCCGUGGGAGCAGCGGCUCCGGAGGCGGAGGCUCCUCAGUCCCGGCCUCGGUCCCGACCUCCAGUGUGUCUCCUGGUGCUGGGGAUGGCGGGGUCUGGGAAGACGACCUUCGUACAGAGGCUCACGGGAUACCUUCACGGCCUGGGCUCGCCCCCCUACGUGAUCAACCUGGACCCUGCGGUGCACGAGGUCCCCUUCCCAGCCAACAUCGAUAUUCGGGACACAGUGAAAUAUAAGGAAGUCAUGAAACAAUAUGGACUUGGACCCAAUGGUGGCAUAGUGACCUCCCUUAAUCUCUUUGCUACCAGGUUUGAUCAGGUCAUGAAGUUUAUUGAGAAGUCCCAGAACAUGUCCCAGUAUGUCUUGAUUGAUACACCUGGACAGAUUGAGGUGUUCACUUGGUCAGCUUCUGGUACAAUUAUCACUGAAGCCCUGGCUUCCUCAUUUCCAACAAUUGUCAUUUAUAUAAUGGAUACAUCUAGAAGCACCAACCCUGUUACCUUCAUGUCCAACAUGUUGUAUGCAUGCAGUAUCCUGUAUAAAACCAAGUUGCCUUUCAUUGUGGUCAUGAACAAGACUGACAUCAUUGAUCACAGCUUUGCAGUGGAAUGGAUGCAGGAUUUUGAGACCUUCCAAGAUGCCUUAAAUCAAGAAACUACAUAUGUCAGUAAUCUGACUCGUUCUAUGAGUCUAGUGUUGGAUGAGUUUUAUAGUUCACUCAGGGUGGUGGGGGUGUCUGCUGUCCUGGGCACAGGCUUAGAAGAACUCUUUGUGCAAGUCACUAGUGCCACAGAAGAAUAUGAAAGGGAGUAUCGUCCUGAAUAUGAGCGUCUGAAGAAAACAUUGGCCCAUGCACAGAGCCAGCAGCAAAAAGAGCAACUGGACCGUCUUCGAAAAGACAUGGGGACUGUGGCCUUGGAUCCUGGGGCAGCCACAGACAAUUCGGCUUCUGCAGUGACUCCUUCUGAUCUGAUUCUAACCCGAGGUAUAGCAGAUGAGGAAGAGGAUGAAGAAGAUAGUGAUACAGAUGAUAUUGACCAUAAAGUUACAGAAGAAAGCCAUGAAGAACCUGCUUUCAAGAAUUUUAUGCAGGAAUCAGUGACAUGGUACAGGAACAGAAGCAAUGAAUAAAUAAAUAAUUAGGGGAGAGAGACAUUAGGAAGCUGUAUUUAGGUUACUUGAAAUGCUGAGUUCAGGAGUUCUGCAUGAAGGAACUAUUGUUGUCUUCCACUGGUUUUGGUCAUGAAGAGAACUUUUGGCUUGGAAGUCAGUAUUAGAGAGAUUCGGUGACCAAGCAGAACCAGAAGAGAGAAGCUGGAUUCCUCUUCAGCUUUCCUAAGCCCUCUGGAUAGAAGCUCAUACUGUUGCGGCCCUGAGGUUAUCUUACUGUUUUAUCAUGUUAAACUCAAAUAUCUUUGCUGCUGGCAAGUAGAAAUUGAGAGCUCACUCUUGGUAGUCUUAUUCAUCUCUUUUGGGAGGCUGGUUUUACAGCCAACACUUCUCCCUGUCUUUUCUACGCCCUUGGCUGUAUGUGCCCCUUUCCCUGUGUGACAAAUGGUGCUGAGAGUGAGUCUUCACAAGCCAGGAAUGUCAGCAGCUUUCUGCUCAUUUUGUCAGUAUCAGUGCUAGAACUUGUUCUUUAUUAUGUUGUUUAUAGGACCUCAAGCUUGUUGGAGGGAAACAGGAACGCUGUACUUUGUGUUGGAACUUGGAUAAAUAAUUUAUUAACUUUGUGA